AUGGCUGAGAAACGCGAUCGAUAUGGCACAGGAGGAGAUCCAUCGAUUGCGCAGAGAGGGAAUGGAAAUGGAAGUUGGAAUGGUAAUGGAGGACGAGGAUAUAAUGGACGCGCGCCUCCAAAUUUGGGAUUUGAUGGAGAGGGGAGCUCAGUUUCGGGUCGCGGACAAAAUGAUAGGAGAUACGGGUCUAUGCCCCCAAACACGCCCAUGACGCCCUACACACCCUACACGCCUUACACACCAGUAACUGCAGGAUAUGAUGGCGGAGAGAGCUUUAUUUCAGCAGAGACACCGAGACACGAUCAUUACCAUGGCGGAGAGAGUGCGAUUGGAGGACGUCCAGCAGUUACACCGGGAGCUGCAGGCUAUCGUGGCGGAGAAGGCUCUUACAAUGGUGGCACACCACAAACUGGGCGAUUUAAUGGCGGAGAAAGUUAUGCCGAAGGUCGCGCUCCUAGGCCAGGAAGAUACGAUAUUGCUGAGAGUACUAUGUCUGUUGACACACCGCGAACUGGUCGAUUCGAUCCGGGUAUGGAAAGCUCUAUCGCGCAUCCCGAUACGCCACGUACUGCUCAUUAUGAUACCACUGCAACUACCAUGUCCAUGGACCCAUCAAGAACAGGACCAUAUGAUAAAGAAAAUACAAUCACGGUAGCAGAAUAUUACGACCCAGAACGAGCACGAGAAAAUGAACGACAAAUGAUGGAUCGCGAGAAAUCUGAACGAGAACGAGGAAUGCGCCAACCUUCAGGAAUGGAAUAUGGACCGCGACCUACGGAAUAUUUGAGUACAUCAGGAUCAUCUACUUCUUCGUACCUCGAUAUCUCUCGCCAUUUCCCUACAAAAGGGUUUAGUUUCAAGUCUUUCUUCUCGACACCAUCCGAAAAGUCUGAUUCUAAGAAGAAGGAGAAGAAGAAAAAGAAAAGCAAGAAAUUGACGAAACAUAAUACCUCAUCAAGCUCCUCUUUGAAUGAAGAUUUAGCUUUCGGAACCGGAUUUCUUAGAUACAGAAGGAAGAGGAGUGUGAGAGCUAGGGAUGGAAGAGACAGGCAAUGGGAAACCAUAGGAUAUAAGUCUAGCAAGGAAAACCUGAAAGAUACUCGAUCUCCCACGAAUGACAGACCUACAAGCUCGAAACGGCCAACUACCGAUGCUGAAAUUUUGGCUUUAGGUGCUGGAAUCGCUGGACUUGCCAAACUUGCACUCGAUCAUAGCAACAAAGACGCCAAAAAUGGUAAGAACGGACGCGGCGUUCCUGAAACCGUUACUUCUAGUCGAAGGGAUGAGCGCGGCCUUCCACCUUCCAAGGCUGUUCCAUACGAAACCGACCCCAAUGAUGAUGAGGGAUGGGAAUCAGCCUCUGAUGACGAGUCAGAUUCAAGUGUUGAUACUGGUUUGGCGUUUGGAGGUGGAAGUCAUGCUGGCAAGAAAAGCAAGGCUGGCUUCUUCGGACGCAAGAAGACUCACGGCCCAAAGAGUCGAAAGAGUAACGUGGUCGAUCCAAGACUCCUUGGACCAGAGAAUUCCCUCAAUGGGUACUUAUCAGAUAGAGCUGUAGGCUUCGAAGACGUGCAAUGGGAGUCGGGUAGUGACUUUGGUCAACACAAUUACAUUCCUUACAGCCAUCCAGACAGACAGGUGGAUACUUUGUAUGUGCACGAAAGGGUUAGGAUAAGCAGGACCCAAAGUGUUGGAAGUGGUUCGCAGACCCCUCUUCAAGAAGUCUUCCCAGUCCCCACCAAUGAUCCCUCUCGAUUCGAUGUGGCGCGAGCAUCUUCGUCCGAAUACAAUGCCUCUAGACCUGCGCCAGUUCCAAUUCAGCAACCUCAACCCAUCACUCCAGUUUCUCAUAGUGUUUAUCACGAGUCCAGCUACGUUCGUUCAGAAUCUGGCGGGAUCUUGAAAAGCUCUUCUGGUAGAUCUAAAUCUUUAGCUAGCGCGGCCUUAGCCGGCGUAGCUGGAGCCGCUUUUGGAGCCGCAAUUGCAUCUAGUCGUCGAGAUGAAAAUGAGAAUUAUCGUGAUGAUGAUAGAAGAGACAAUCGGAGUCACAGUGAAAGCGCUGUUAAUCGACGAGAUAGCGAUCGAAAAGAACGACGCUACGAGGAGGAUCAAUACUCAAUCGCCGAUAGCAGCGUCUCUAAACCUCGAGAUGAAGACCGAAAAGAGCGCCGUCGUGAUUAUGACCAAUCUUCUAUCGCUGAUAGUAAUCUCACUUGGGAUGAAAAACGAGAGAAACGUCGCGAGGAGCGAAGAAAAGAUGAUUCUAGAAGCUCCACUUCCAAUUCUGAUCGUGAUAAGAAUCGAGAAAGGAGUCGUGAUGAUCCCGAUGCUGCUGCAGAGGAGCGAGAGAGGAGACGACGAGAGAGACGCGAAGAGCGACGUGCACCUGAUCGCAUUGAAGACAACUAUGAAGAGCGACGAGCCCACGUACUCUCAGAAAUAUCGGCAAUGGCUCGCACACCCACGGAUCCAUUGCAAUACCAGGUUGCAGACACGCCUCCUCGCGAAGAAAGCUCUAGCUGUCAAGCUAAAGAUCAAUCUGCACCUACUGUUGUUACUGUCGAACGCGAACCGGAUUUUAAUCGAAAGCAAAAUUCAUCGAUUAAAGAAGCAUCUUCUAUCUCCCGCUCCGAAUCACGCACUGAAAUCUCUCACACAGUUGUCAAGGAACAGCGAUACAAAGAACAUGCUAGAACCCUUCAUGACGCCGAGAUGAUCUAUGAAGAAACUGAACAUUCUACAGCUCCUAUUGAGGCAGCAGCUAUUGCCGCUGCCGCUGCUGCUUUGGCUAGGGAAAGUCGUCGAGAAUCAAGAUCAUCGAAACGACGAGGAGAGAGACGAACUGACUCUGAGGAUCUUUCAAAAGAUGGUGAUUCUACCGAAGCCCCGGGACAAUCGCACGAUGAAGUUAUGGCAGAGGCCGAUCGAGCCUAUCGUGAAAUCCUCAUGGCCAGGAAAGUUGCUGCAGAAGUCCGCCGUUCUCGCACUCCAUCACCUGAGCGCUCUGUGAUGAACAAAUACGAAGAAGAGUCAGAAGAAGAACCGCCACGAAUUGUCACUCCUCCCGGCAUGCAUGAACGCAAGAAAGGUCCAUAUGAUGCACCAAAUGCUGAUUUCAAGCUUGAUUAUAUCAUGACACCUAGAGAUCUAAAAGUCUACAGCAUUCCAAGCAGGCGAUAUAAGGUUGAUGAAGCUGAUUUGAAGGGUCCAUUCAUGACAAAGGAUGCGGAUGCUAAACUGCCUCGACCUAUCUUGAACUUGAUUCGGCCCACUCCUACUUCAACACCAUCACCCGAGAAACAGUUUGCCACCAUGGCUAAGAAUGGAAACGUGAAGAAGGAAAGUUCUAAUCGGUCGGAUGAUCGCCCAGUUGAAAAACGCCGUUCUGAACCUGAACCUGAACCCGAACCUGAGCCUGAACGUCGUUCCAAGACUAAGGAUAGAGAUGGAGAGCGUGAACAACCUUCCAUACGAUCGCAAGACGAGCCAGUCCAACCCCAACCAGGAGAUCAAGUUGAGGAUCGUGAACAAAUUCCAUUAUAUCGAUCACAAGAUAGGCCUAGCGAGACAGCACAGAUCCACGAACAGAUUCCUUCAUACCGAUCAAAGGAGGAGUCACAUGAGCAAGAUCGUCCAAAACGUGAUAGAAGAGACAUUCCUCCCAUCAUGAUCGGUCCAAGGGGAGACCUUGUUCGCUCAUCUGAUGUUUCUGUCCCAUCUCCCACUCAGUCCACGGUCUCAAAAGCUGUUACCUGGGGUCCAAACGAGACAAAACACUUUGAAGUCGAAAGUCCCACCGAACCAAGGGAUGAGUACAUUUCCGAUUCAUCCCCAGAAACUCCUGAGAAGCCAAGAUUUUCGGAGCCAAGAUUUUCGGAGCCAAGGUUUUCGGAGCCAAAACCGGAGUCGCCAACUGAACCAAAAUCUCCGAGCGGAUGGGCUGCAAUGGCAGCAGGCAUUAUUGGUGCAGGUGUGGGUGCCGCAGUAGCAGGCUCGAGUGAAUCUCCUAAACAACCUGAGCGACCUGAAUCUCCUAAGAAGCCUGAGCGAGCCGAGGUAAGUGAACUCGCCAGGAUCUUAAAGGCCAGGGAAAGUGAACGACCCGAAUCUCCUAAGCGAGCUGAGAUCAGUGAACUUGCUAGAAUUUUGAAAGAAAGGGAAAAGGAGCGACCUGAAUCUCCUAAAAAACCUGAGCGAGCCGAGGUGAGUGAACUCGCUAGGAUCUUAAAAGCUAGGGAAAGUGAGCGACCUGAAUCUCCCAAGCGUGCCGAAGUAAGUGAACUUGCUAGAAUCUUGAAAGCAAGGGAACAGGAGCGCAACGAAAGGUCUUAUGAGUACAGAGGCGUAGUGGUAGAGCCUGAGAGUCCAUACGGAGAACCGAGGCGAGAUAGUCCACCUCGAGAUAUGGGAAGAGACAGUCUGUAUCGAGGUGUGAUUGUAGAGCCUGAGAGUCCAUACGGAGAACCGAGGCGAGAUAGUCCACCUCGAGAUAUGGGAAGAGACAGUCUGUAUCGAGGUGUGAUUGUAGAGCCUGAGAGUCCAUACGGAGAAUCAUUUCGAGAUGUGGACAAAGACAGUCUGUACCGAGGCGUGACGGUAGAGCCCGAGAGUCCAUAUGGAGAAAUGAGAAGUCAAAGUCCACCUCGAGAAAACAGGAGGGAAAGUUUAUCCCAGCAUACGAGAAGAGAUAGCCCACCAAGCGUCGGUCCCAAGCCCGUUUCGCCACAAACUUCACACAUGCCUGGUGCUUUUGACGACGAUUUGGAUUUCACUGCAACAGUGGCAGCUGGUUUGCAAGAUAGUGGCUUCGAUCCUAAUCUCGUGGUUGACGACCUCGCGUUCCGAAAACGUGAUUCCCCACCUGGUUCUAAUGAAUACAAAACGCCAUGGGCAGGAUCUAUCGACGACCUCUCAAGCAUUCCCGGUGAGAAUUCUUCAAAUCGUGGCUUUGUUAUGGGCGAGGUGCUAGAAACUCCGAAAGAUUGGUCGAGUGUAUCGCCUGCCAACGAAGAAUCGCCCAAUCUUAAUAGGAAAGAACAGAAAAGGCUUGAAAAAGAACGGAGACGAAGUGGUGGUGAUGUAUCAUCGCCAAUCACCGAUGUUAUCGUUGAAGAGCCUGAAAGCUAUUUUGACACCUCUAGGCAGAGCAAAAAAGAACAAAGGAGACGUGACAAGGAGGAAGCAAGAACACAAUCACUUCUGAGAGAAGAAUCUUCAUUUGUUGAUAUUCUGCCAAACCGCGAACUAGUCGAAGAACCGGAAAGUUAUGUUGAGCCUGUUGACACUUCCAAGAAGUCCAAUAAGUCAUCUCGGUCAUCGACGUAUGAAGAUAUUGACCUUAAUUCAUCUGCUUCAAAACCAAAAAGGAAAUCUAGCAAGCGCUCAUCAACUUACGAUGGCAAAGUCGAGUCUCCAUUGCGUGAAAGUCGCAGGACCUUCUCCAUGGAUGAUAUCAAAAAUGGCGACGAAUCUAGAAUCCCUAGAAAGUCGAAGCGCGACAGUGUUAGAUUUGACUCACCCCCUCCAGAAGUUGACUCUGAAUCCGGCAAAUCAUUGAGAAGAAAGUCAAAGGACAAAUUGGGAAGCAAGAGUGAACGUUAUGAUGCUCCUGAUCCUUCACAAAUCUCAUUGCCAGCCUCUGAUAAUUAUGAAGAUAUGGAGCUAUCGAGAGAUCCAGACCGACCAUCACGUCGAGAUGGCGAUGAUCCAUUGUGGGCUUCAUCCCGUUCAAUCUUAUCAGCUGGUAGUAGCUCAAAGGUGGAUGAAGAAGAUUCACCACAAAAGAACCGAAAAGAUCGCAGCAGCACCAAAGAAAAUGACGAUGCUACACGACCAAUUGCUUCGGAACCUACUCGCGAUGAUAACGAAGAUUCAAAGAAGAAGACAAAGGAAACAACGCCGAAGAAGAGUGGUGGGUUGUUUGGUUUCUUUAGCGGUGCAAAGGCAGAAGCAGCAAAGGAGGAACUAACGAAAGGAAGUCGUGAUGAUCCUGACGAUGUCAAGAAGAAAAAGAAAAAACGGAGUUCAACGUCGGAUGGAAUAACUGAGGGCCAAUCUUUCAGUGAUUCUCAACUGGUUUCAAGUGAGACUAAUGGCCACAAAACACGCGGUGAGGAUGGUGUGCAAGAUUCUAGGAAUGAUGGAGAGAGGAAGAGGAGUAAAAGUUCAGAUUCGAAGAAGGGUUCUUUUUUAGAUAAUGCCGGCAUCCUUGGCGCGGGUGCCGGCCUUGCUGCUGGUGCAAUUGCAAUUUCUGCUCAGCACCAACAGCAACAUGCCGCUAAUAAUAAUGAUAGCGAGGGAAGUACGGGGGAUAUGGGAAAGCUGGAAAGAGAGGAAGAUAUAUUGGAUCCAGAGAUUAUCGAACGACAAAUCAGACCCUCAAUUGACCCUCAAUAUGGAGAUCUUUUACCAUUGCCGCCAAGUGGUUCAGUUUCACCUAAUUGUGAACCAAUUGAUGACCUGCCCAAACUUCCAGAAAGUCGACCUACAACACCUGAAUCUGAAAAACGGACUGUAAGUACGCCAAGGGAGAAGACUCCGCGAAAUCGUAAGAGUUUGCAGGAGACUCCUGUAAAAUCUCCAAGCCAAAGUGCCGUGCCAUUAAAAUUCGUCAUGGGAAACCGAUCCAAUCCGGCCUCACCUAUUAUAACGAGAUCUACUGGUAAUACGCCCUUUCCUACUUUCCAUCCCUCUCCAAUUGCAGAAUCAGCCACAAUUCCAAGAUCUAGAUCAAGACCUAUGUCAUGGGAUAAUACCAAGGAAUUCAAGCCCCUGUAUCUAUUAGAGACUAACAGACGUGGGUCGUUCGUGCCAGAAGAGUUAAUUGACCCGCUCCCACAUUUACCGCCGUCCCGAACCAAUUCAGAGCUUGACGUGGCGGAUCUACCCGAAUCGGGCUUUUUGGAAAAAUUGGACCUUCACCGCCCUUCGCUAGACCCACUUUCAACCAACCUCCCCUCCGAUGAUCACACCUCCGGAGAAUCCACACCGACUGCGAUUACUUUUAAAAGGGACUUAGCGCCAUCAGUGGAGUUUCUUCAAGAUUCUUUCCCCUCACUGGAAGAAAUACAAACUUUAUCUUCUGAUGCAUUUCAUGAACAAUCAUCAUCUGAAUCAGUAGCUAAAGCCAUUGGAGCCGCAGGAAUUGCAACUGCAGCCGGCCUUGCUAUUGCAUCUCAUGGUACAAGCGAUGAACAGGAACCAAGGUCUUCUCAAGAGAUCCAGGAAAAGAGUGGAAACGACGAUUUAGAAUAUUCACCCGAGUCACAUGACAUAUCUUCCGAACGGGAGGAGACAUUGCAAACCUUAAGUGGAACUUCCAGCAAUCAAACCAUGAGUAUUGAAGAGGAGGUCGAACAGACCGAAGAAUUUCCUUUGUCAAAUUUCAAGAAAAAUGAGGGCAAAGGUUUGACGCUUGAAUCAGAUGACAUUCAUGAUCAAGCCGAGAAUACUCCGGAGCCCAUUCAAGAACUCUCCAAUCCAAUUGAAGGGGACAAUGUCGAGUCCGUAGAUAACUUCUCUACACCAGAGUCCAAGAACGAUCAGGGUAAGAAUGGAACAGCUGUAUCAUCUCAGGAGCCCGAAUUGGAACUCCAAAACGAAAUUCCUAGUCAAGAGGAUACACAAGGACCAAAAUCCGGCUAUGCUUCAAGUGAAUCACAUGACGUGACCGGACCGAACAGAGAUCUUAUCGAACAAGCAGCUACCUCCGAGGCUCAACUCGUUGAAUAUCCUACUCAGAAUCUCGAAGAGGAGAAAGCAGACAAAAAUGUUCUGUCCUUCGAGCCCGAAUUGAAGACAAAAAAUGUGGACAGCGUAGAGCCUUUCAAACCUAUGGAUGAAUACCCUUCAAUUGACAAACCGGUUGAUGAACCGCAACAGCAAGUGCAGAAAUCUGGCCAAAUGGAAGAAGCUUCGCCUUCAGUCAAUAUUAACCAGAUCGAGGAACUCUCUGUUCCCAAGUCCAAGAAGGACAGAAAGAAGGACAAGAAGAAGGCAAAAGCUGAUGCUCUUAGACUGGAAAGACUCACUACUGAGCCAAUUGUUGAAUCUAUGAUUGAAGUUCCAACACGAGAGCCAUCACUCGAGGUAUCGUCAGAGCUUUCCCGCGAGAUUUCCCAGCCAUCUUCUCCUCUAGCCAGCCCCGAGGCACAAGCAUUCAAUGAUUCUGUACUGCCUGAAAAUUCUGGUGAUAUCACGCCCACAGUUUCCGAGUUUGCUAGCCCCAAAUCGAAAAGAGAUAAGAAAAAGUCGAAAAAAUCCAUACCGAUUCCUUUUGAUCCACAAACGGAACAAGCUAUGGUACAACCCGAGCUCAACGAGGCUGAGAUUUCCCAAUCUGAAGAUGUCACGAGAAAUCCUUUAGAUUUGUCUCAAGAAUUGGUUCAAGAACCCAUUCAAGCAGAACCUACCACGCCUGUCAAUGUUGAGCCAAUUGAAGAGUUCUCAACUCCAAAAUCCAAGAAAAGCAAGAAGGACAAGAAAAAGGUAAAGAAGGAACAAAUCGCGAAUGUCGAGCAGGACCCAAUUGAUGUCACUCAGGAGCAGGAGCAGGAGCAAGUACCUGAAUUGCAAGAAAAGGAACUACCAGAAGCUCUUACUUUUGAAGAGACGCCAAACCUUGAUGAUACUACUCACGCUAUCGCCUCUCCUUCUUUGAAGAAGAAUAGAAAGAAGAGCAAAAAGGGUAAGACUGCAGACAUAGAAGGCCCCACGGAGCCGACAAUUUCUGGUCCUAUUCCAGAGGAUGUGUCAGAGAAACCAACACCAAUGGUUGGACCUGGUGGUUGGCCAAUCACUCCCGCUACUCCAUGGACUACCGGUGCACAAGAAACUUCUACAUCAAAUGAAAAGGACUACUUUCCAGCUGCCGAAACAAUACUACCAAUCAUUACUGCCGGAGAUACUGUACUUAGUGCAGAACAAUUGAAGUCCAAUGAUAUUUCUGAAGACAAGAACGAUCUUGGUAGCCGUACUGCUGGACAUGGAGAUGAUCAACUCGAACUUGCAAACCAGACACAAGAGGAAUCGAAGCCACAAGAAAUUGUGAUUGAGGAUGUCUCUAAAGAGCUUGGAGGGGAUGUCACUGGAACCAAUGGACUUCCGACCGGUUCUCAAGAAGAUGAAUCAUCUCUCCCCCGCCAGUCACCUGCGGAGAUUGAAGAGAACAUUCAAGAGAAUCAUCCACCACAAGAAGAACGGGAUCAAAUCUCUGCAAUUGAGACUCAAGAGGAAGAGACGCCAAUUCCCAAUGAGACUGAAGCUCCGGAUGGAUUCGAAGCUGAAUACAAAGAUGACCAACAAGCGCUUUCUAAGGAUUUGAAGGAGGAACUCGAAUCUGGUAGUGCCAAGGACGAGAGGGACGAUGAAAGGGAAAAGCACGCCAAUCAAGAUCAAAUCGAAGGGGUUCCUUCUGAUAUUGCUUCCUCAGAUUAUGCUAUCAAGGAUUUGAACGAGCCAACAAAUGUCCCUACCCCUCAGGCAGAGACUAUCGAGGAUCCAGCGAUCAAAGCUGUACUUGAAGAACCAGAGGAGGUUGCCCAAGCUGAUAAGAAGCCACAAAUUUCCGAGGACAGUAACCCCGUCGAGAACGUUAUCAAGGAACAGACUCCUUUGGACGAGACCUCCGCAAUUGUGCAAGAGCCAAAGACUAUCGAAAAUACGCAUAUCGAUCAGGAAUUUUCAGAUCCAGCAAUAACCGAGAGAACGCCCAUUGACCCGAUCAUUUCAGCACCAGAACCCGAGGUAGAGACUCAAAGCAAGGGGUCUAAGGAACAAGAGAAUCGCGAUAAUAUCAUGACACCCGGCACUUCGGAAGAAAAGACGCCUGUCGAUGCCUCUCCAGAGCGACUCGAGCCUGAGCAUUCGCAAGGUGCCGAUGAAGCUUCUAUUGCCAUCGACCCUAAACCGGAAUCUGCUAUUCUUGACAAGAGCCAAAACAAUAUGAUUGAACCGACACCCAUUGAGGAAGUUUCUGUUUCCGAGAAUGUGGAUCGAGCCAACAUUGAGGAAGACAAGACACAAGGAGAAGAAUCUGCUGAUGUUAAGCAAAAAGUUCCGGACACACCUCUGGAGCACUCUACUGUAGACCGUGAAAUCGAAUUCUCUGCACCUCCCAAGAAGUCUAAGAAAGAUAGAAACAAGCGUGGCAAGCAAGUACAGGAUUCAAUUGAAGACGAUACCGUUGCCAAGGACAUCAAACCCACUAGCGAGUCGUCCAAUGUCGAAAUGCCAUUUGAACAGCCAAAUACUAUGCCUGUGGAACAAAUUAUCACGAUUCCCGCCAAAGAGCCAGCUCCUAACGAUGCACCAAUGACAGCAGGACUUUCUGGCCUCAUGGGUCCUUUGACAGGAAGAAGAAAGGGUGUUUUGGAAAUGGUUCAAGCUUUGGGAUGGGGCAAAAAGAAGGACAAGGCCUCAAUUGCCGCUGCUGAGCAAGGACUCCCUCCAAGACCAUCUACAGCACGUGCUGCAUCCGAAUCUUUUAUGUCUACACCACGCGUUGUGUCUGAGUCCGCCAUGCCAAAGGUCAUCGAGACUGAACCUGUCAAAGCACCGUCGCCUACUACGGAACUUGAGGAAUGGGCUCUGGCAGACGAAAACUCGAAAACAAAUUCAAAGAAGAGCAAGAAGAUCGCAAGUGAAGAAAUCGAGGCAGUGCCAAGUACAAUCAUCGAGGAAGAACCUUUACCCGUUGAGCCCAAGGAAGAAAUUGCUCAACAAAUCAUGGAGCCAUCAGUCACGAAAUCGGCAGAAGAUGUACAAGAUGAUCAAUCACCUAAAAGACAAAAGGGCAAGAAACGUCUCAGCUUACAAUCGUUCAUAUCCGAAGAGGCCUCCAAAGCAUUUAGAGCUAGGGAAUCCGCCAAUCAAGGACCAGAAACUCCGUCCUUGAUGGCAGAGCCAGCUUUUAUCGAACAAUCUCAUGAACUCACUUCCGAGCCAAUUAUCGAUACAGCAGUUGAAGAAACGGAAACCCUUGAAUCUUUGAUUGAGGUCCCGACCAAGAAAUCGAAGGAAGAUGAGAAGAAACGCCGAAGUUCGCAAUCCUCAGUGUCGGAAGAAAUGCCAAAGGAACAGGCAGAUGUGUCAAGAGAUGCUGUUACUGAGAAGGAACCCAAGCUUCAAGCACCGGAAAUCCAUGAGCCAUCUGUUGAAAGCAAUAGCGAACCUUCCGAACUUCAACGCGAACCUACCUUGGAAGAGAGUCAAGCUCCCGAAGUGUCAAAUGAAGAUUCCUCUGAACCAGUUGUCGAAACCUCUGGAGAGCCCAAGGAACUUGAUCGUGAGGCUAUUCAGGAGGAUCUUUUUACUUCAUCACCACAGCCUGAGCAUAUUCCUGAACCAGUUGUUGAGAACCCUAGCAAAUCUUCAGAAUCUCCUCGCGAGAUUGACCAAGAGAGUAUUUUCAUUCCAGAACCCCUCUCAGAGGAUACUCCGGAGCAAGCAAUCCUUGAAAGAUCAAACGAGCCCUCGGAUGUUCCUCGCGAGGCUAUUCAGGAUGAUGAUAAUGUACCACAAGCAUCAUUUGACCUUGUUACUGAGCCAAGCGCGGUUGGUAAUGAGGCUUCUCCACCAAAUGAAUCCACUCUCGAGAAAGCCACGAAGAAUGUCGAUAUUUCUGAACCAAGCUUGGUUGAUGAAUCUUUCUUGCCAAAAGAAACUAUCCAAGAUGAUAUCAUGGCAUCUGUCGAGUACGUCGAACCAGAUACAAGUCUUGAAGAGUCUAAAUUGUCAGUUGAACCCCUUUCUGAAGAGUUGGACAAUGCUAUUGAAGUUCAAAAUCCAGACACUGUUGAUGAGCUUACUUUACCAAGUCACAUUAUCUUGGAGGAAAAUCCACGAGAGGUUGAAGUUGCUGAGCCAAGUCAUAACAACGACCAGUCUUUUUUACCACAAGAACCACUUCUCGAGGAAACUAAUAAGGAUGCCGAUGGGUCUUUGACGAAGCAAAUUAUUCCACGGGAGGAGUCAGGAACUCUGGAAACUUUCGAGCCAAGCCAUAUUGAUGAAGAGACCCUCUUAUCCACUGAACCUGCAGCAAAAGAUGAAACAGUUCAAGUGCCAAGCGAAAUUGAUCCUGCGGAGGAAACGGAAGUCCAAGAUGAAUCGACCUUACCCGGCACUAAGAAGUCCAAGAAAAGCAAGAAAAGCAAGAAGAGUAAAAACAAGUCCCUUUCAGAGCCUGAGGUGCCAAUCGAAGUCACCGAGAAGCCUGAACAAACUCUUCUUGUCGAGGAACAAAUCUCAGAGAAGCCUUUUGAUACCACAGAACCAAUUCGUGGAGCCUUCGAGCAGCCACUCGAAAGAUCAGUUGAGACCAUCGAGCCAGAAAGUCGUGAUGUCUUAGAGCCUGCUUCAGUACCACUUCCGGAAGAUGAUAAUGAGGCCAUCGAACUUGAUGAGCCCACAAACUUCGAGACUCUACAGCCAUCUCUUAACCUUAGUCCAUCAAUCCCAAUUCCUGGGGAAACAAUUAUCAAACCAGAGAUUGCGGAGCCCAAAAGUCUUGAAGAACUAGAUGAUUCUGAGCAUGCAGCAUCAAUCCCACUGCCGGAAGAUAUUGUGAUGAAUCCAACCGAGGACAUCGAGCAUCAAGGUCAUGAACCCGCGGAAGCACUUGAACCAGUUUCAGAUGUUGUGGAGAAGACGAUUGAAAACCCCUCCGGCAUUGAGAUCCCCGCAAGCAAAGAAGCAUUGGAAUUUCCAGAACCGAUUUCUUCCAUUCUAGAAAAGUCUUCCCAAGAACCUGCUCCAGUCUCACCAAAGAGGUCUAGAAAAGAUAAGAAAAAGCGCAAUUCUGAUACGUCAAUGCUAGUGGCCGAAGAGUCUCUUUCGUCAGACCCACUCCUCGAAAGCGAAACAAAAGCUGUCGAGCCAACAACGGAAGAAGCAAGACUAAUUGUUUCAAACUCUCCAAUUGCCAGAUCUUCAGAAGAAAUGAUGUUCAGCAAACCACACGAAGACGAGAUUGUUUCAGGAAUGAUAAACCCAAAGACUGAACAGAAGGGCACCGAACUGAUGGGAGGCAUUACAACUCCAAGUAUCUCCGAUGAGAUUGAACAAGUUCUUGAAGAAAAACAUGUCGAGCCACCUGCUGAAGUUCUAACCGAGAAAUCCAAGAAAGACAAGGAAGAACGAAAGUCUGAAGAACUUAUUCUAGACGCUGGAGAUAUUAGUUCUCAAGCUCCAUUGGGACCUGUAACAACUCAGCCGGACGUCGACGUGUCAAACCAAGGAACCGUUCCGAACUCCAUCGAGUCAAUUUCAGAGAGCGUGCAAACAGCCAACGAGGAUGUAUCUAUUCCCUCUUUGACCGAUGUUGAGGUUAAGCAAGACGAUACUCCCAAGUCGGUUUUGGAUGUCCCUCUUGACAAACAGGACCUUGAAUCUGGAUCCAAAGAUAUCACGGACUUGCCAGAAAUAAACUUUUCAGAUGCUCCACUUAAAGAAUUUCAAGAGGAAAAAACGAAGCGCAAAUCCCUUGACACAAGUCCAUCACUUGAGCUUCCUACAGACAGCACGUCGGAAAUGACCGAACUUUCCCAGCCAAUCAAUCAAGCUUCAGAAGAGGAACUUCAUGGCAUAGAACCUGAGGAGACUGCCAGAGAGAUCGUUCAGCAACUAACAGAGCUUCAAGAACAUGCCCUUGAGCAGGAACAAACAGAGGAAGGUUCCAAGGUAUCUAUGGAGCCAGUAAUCGAGUCAAUUGCAUCUGAAUCAUCAACAAACAUUUCUCGUGGACCAAUUGUCGAGUCUGAAAAUAUCAAGGAAGAUGACGUUGCACCUCAGGAAUCAAUUAUACGACAAGAAUCAUCAGGCGAACCAAAAAGCAUCGAGCCAUCCUUAUUACCGCAUCAAAUCAUUGAGCCGCAGACUGUAAACGAAGAAAUUUUCUUACCGCAAAAUGCAAUGAUCAAUUCAAGUGUUGAUAACGAGAAGGCACCUCAAUCACAGGAACGAUUUCUCGAGCCAGAAAUCAGAAAAGAAGAAAGCUUUGUACCGCAAGAAUCAACAGUUGAAUCACCAAUCAGUGAAGAGCCAACUUUUCAGCAAGAGCUAGAAAUUGUGCCAGAAGUUUCCAGUCUCGAAUCUAGUCUUGUACAAGACUCGGUCGUUGAGCCAAUAUCAGAGGAAGAGCAAAUUGUUGUAGAGAAACCAGUCAUCGAGCUCAAUACUCCUGAACCAGCACAAAUUGCUUUGCCAGAAUCACCAAUUGAGCAAACACCAUUCGAGCAAGAAUUGUCUUUUCCACAAGAGUCUCUAACUGAGCCAGAGGUUAUCGAAGAAGCACCUAUUGUUCAAGAUCGUGCAACUAGUCCUCAAACUCCGGAUGUUAAGCUGGUCAUUCCACGAGAAUUGUCUAUAGAGCAAAAGUUUGUCGAGCCUGCACAAAUUUCUUUGCCAGAAUUACCAAUUGAGCAGGAAGUAUCUGAACCAGAAGUUACAACUCAACAGGAGCUCGUUUCUGAAAAUCAUAUCGUUGAAGAACCAAGUCUUUCACGAGAGCACCAUGUCGAACCGAAAAGCUCACAUCCCGAAUUGGUGUACCAUUCAGAAUGGCCUCUUGGACAAAAGACUGUCGAGCCAGAACAAAUUGCCUUGCCAGAAUCACCGAUCGAGCAGGAAUCAUUUGAACCGGAAGUACUAUUUCGACAAGAGCCUGUAGUUGAGUCACAAGAUCGUCCAGUACCAAGUGAUUCAUCAGAAUUGCUAUUUGAGGAGAAGGCUGGAGAGAAAGAAUCGACCUUUCCACAAGAUGCCGUCGACCAGGACAUAACCGAAAGGGCACCCAUCCCUCAGGAACAGGAUAUCGAUUCCAAAAUUUCUGAGCAAGAAUCAAUUGUUUCACAAGUAUUACCCAUCGAGCAAUCAAUCCGUCAACCUUCAGUGGUCAACAUCGAAGAGCCUGUCUCCGAGUCAAACCACAUGGAUGAUAUGUCAAUUCGACAAGAAUCAUCGAUUGAGCCAACGAAAUUAGAAUCAGAUAUACCAAUUUCCGAUAUCGUACCUGAAGAAUCUGCGAGGGAUCUCGAACCUGUUUUCCCCAAUGGAUCUGGAAAGGACAAGGAGAAAGGAGAAAAGAACUUGGACUUCUCGGAAACCUCCGGAGAUCCAAGCAACGUUACUUUUCCUUCUCAAGUACCAGAAAAGCAAGCGCUAGAAAUCGACUCCGAGUUAAAUCCAUUUAAUCCUGACAUUGAACCUGUAUCAAGCUCGCCAGAUAUCGUUUCCGAAAGUUUUGAGCCAAUUGCAAAUGUGGAGCAAAUCAAACCAGAUUUUGUUGAACCUACACCGAAUACAGAACCAAUCGCCAAUGAACAAGCUAUCGAUUCUGCCCUUGAGACGACAUCAUUCAAUUCAACCCUCGAGGACCCUGUACGUGAUCAGCCUCUUGCCGAAAGUCUGCCUACUGAGACUGGAUCAACACAAAGAGAUGAACGGGCCCGGCCGAUGGAGGAGUCAAAAGAGGCGCAAGAGAAGGGUGAUGAUGUCUUGCAACCAAUGAAUGAGCAAUCUAAUAUUGCACCUCAAGCCCCAGAAAUCACAAGUACGCCGCUUGAGAUCACAGAUAUUCCAUCCAUGGGAGACGAUGUAAAAGAAAUGGCAAACGGGGAUGUAACCGAAACCGAUGAAGAUUCGUUCUUAGAUGCUGUUGAAUCUUUCUCCAUAGAAGAUACUCCGAUGAAUUUAACCCCUCGUGCCUCACAAGAGCUUGUUGAGGCUGUUGAGCCCGAGUUUGAAGAACUUACUCAAGAGCCCGCAGAAAAGUCCGUUCCGGAAGUUAUCAAGCCGCUACACGAAGAAGAAUUUAUUCCAGCCCUUAUGCCUGAGACCGUACAACAAAACAAUGAUGCGUUUCCUAGUUCUGAAGAGAUUACACUGGAGGAGCACAAAUCGAUUCUAGCCGAUGAGCUAUCAAAAAAUGAUUUACCACAAGAGAUGCUAAAUGAGGAGCACCCAAAGGAAGAGCACAGACCAGCAGAUGAUGAUGUCACUGAGGUCUUAACCAAGAAUUCCAAGGAUAUAAAUGAUCGUGAGUUUGGAUUUUCUUCACCGGUACAGUUUAUCCCCAAAGACACCCAAAUAGGAGUACCGGAUGUUGUGGAGCCAGUACCUACAGAGAUAACACUCGAUGAAUUUAAGGCCAUUCCCACUGGAGACAUGCCAAAGGAAGUUCAACAACAAACCGAGGACGAAUGGGGUACGGUUUCUACCAAGAAAUCAAAAAAGGACAAGGAGAGACUUAAAUCUACCUUGUCUACCCCAUUGGAGCCCGAGGUUCCCAAUGUUGCUACUGAGCUUCCUGAGGAUAUUCCACCAAAUUCUGGAAAGCUUGAAGAGCUACUUCCAACUAUUGAGGACGUACCUGAUACUCAUACAUCUUUCCAGAUUCCACAGGUUGAUAAAAUUGUUUCCGAGCAUGAUCCUUUUGACAUGUCACACGAUAAGAACGAUAAAAAGGGCAAAGAAAUUUCGAGUAGAGCAUUCGACCCAGAGCCAGAAAUCCCAGCCUUGGCCAAUACCGUCGCGGUAUCCGAUAUACAGGAUGUCAAGCCCGCCGAGCGUCUCCUGGCUUCUCCUAUUCCAAUACGAAAUGCCGUUCCAACACCAAAACCAAUUACGGAACCAGAUAUGAUUUCGCCUCCCUCAUCAUAUCCAUUAAAGCCGCUUAUCGAUGAGUCAAACAAUCUCUCUACUGCAUUAGUACAAGCUCCUUCCAAAAAAGACAAGAGAAAACGUCAAGCAACAAUAAAUCUUGAAACACCCAAAGACGAUCAACGAACUUUUUGGGCAGGUGAAGUUCCCGAAGCAGAAGUUAUCAGGGCUGUGCCAGUCAUCGAAGAUAUUGGACGAGAUGAAUUCUAUUCUCAUAUUGCCAGCACGGUCAAAGAAUCCGAAGCGAACGAAUUUUCUAGACCACCCGCCAAGAAAGGAAAGAAGAAUACGAGAAGAGAAUCAACCGAUAUCAAAGACUUCCGAUCAUCAAUGGGGGAAGGUUUAUCAAAAAAUGAACCAAUGAAGGAGCGCAAAGAGACGCCAUCUGUAGUAGCCGCAACUGCAGCAAUUGUUAGUGCAGCACUUUUGGCUAGCAAGAGCAAGGAAUCAGAGGUUGAAGCUGCUGAGGAAGAAGAAAGCCCCAUGACGGAAAAGUUAUCUGGGGACGAAGAGCAUGAACUAAGCAUGGACAAGAUAGCACCAAGUGAUGUCGUAUCCGAUGAUUCUGUACCAAGGGAAGAUAAGGAUUCAAAAGUGUUUGAAGAGAUGAAGGAUGAAUAUGACAGUGAUGGAUUUCGAGAAAGGGAUAUGAUUGUGCAAGAACCAGAGCAGAUAGGGAACAUCCAGGAUCCAAUGAUUGAGACAUCUGACAAGGCUGCUGCUGUAGAACCUCAAGAGAUUAGAACUCCUAGAUCUCUUAGCCCCGUUCUCGACAUUUCAAGGCUUACUCAAGAGCCGGAGCAGAUGGAACCGAUGCAGCGAAAAGAAGUCGCCGAAACACUCAAGUCAGAUACACUCGAGUCAGAUAAAAUGGAACGUUCUAUUUUGCAUGAGCCAGAGGAGACCAACACCAUUCAAGAGCCAGUGGAACAGAUGUCCACUGAGCAUGCGGGAGAUGAAAACGCCAUUUUGCAUGAGCCAGAACAAAUGGAGGCCGUCCAGAAACCAACGACACAAGUUCCUGCCGACUCUACCAUUGUAGAACGCCAAACCGUACAAGAGUCAGAGCAGAUUGGAGCUUCUCAAGAACCAAUGGUGCAGAUCCCUACCAAACCAUUGAUAAUGGAAGAUCGUGAAAGUGCAACGCCCACGCCACCUCGCCAUUUUGAUCCCAAUGACAAAACUCAAGAAAUGGCACUGGCUGCCCAAUCCUAUGCUUCGAGCAGUUCUUCAAGCCCAAGACGAUCACCACCUGCACGCGAACCAAGAGGAGAUCUGCCAGAAGAGUACCUCUCUAGACCAUCGAGAAGAGAUAUGGAGAAGAAAAGAAGGAAGAAGUCAAUCGAGGUUGACGAUAAGCUAGAUCUUUUACCGACACCAAUCCAAGAAGCCUUGCGAAAUACUAUUGUUGAGCCCCGAGCUAGAGAAACCAGUCCUUCGCCGAUCUCCUCUCCAAUAGCCGAACGAGCUAAAAGAGCUAGAUCAAGAUCCCGUCCUCCAUCUCGACCUGGAACACCUGGCUUGACAAUGCUACGAGAAGAGUCAGAGGAUGAAAAUGCUCUCAAUGUAGGAAACAGAGACAGUGCUUUUAUAGGCGACUCUCCAAACCCUUCUCAAGGAAACUUCGCCGACAAGCAUGAAGACAUUCGUGAUAGUGGCAUCCACUUAAGAGACAAUUCACCUUCUAUGCGUGUUAGAGCACCCGUAUCUUCAACCGAUGCAGCUAUCGAUAGCAUGACGUGGCCUUCUGUGGAUGAAGAUGCUGGGACGGUUAAUCUUGAACAGCCGCAACGACCAAAAGUUGUGGAAGACUUAACACGUCAUGGCCAUGGAAUUGAUGAUCUGCCAUCUCAGAGGCACAGAGAAGAGGGGCACACAGAUCUACAUAAAACACAGGCAAUUCACAGAGCACAUUCACCUCAUGAAGAAAAGCAUAAGCUUUCUCGCAAAACUUCUUUAAGUCGUGGGGAACUCGCAGAAGCGAAUCAUGUAGACUUUGUCCGAUCCCAACGGCUUAAGGCGUUCCAAACGAAAUCCAAGGAAAAGUUAUCUGAGCCUCCCGAGCAGAAGCAAUCAACAAACCAAACUGAGCAGCGAAGUGUUUCCGAGAGUUCUCCAUCGUUAAUCGGAAGUGCAGCUCUUGCAGCAGCAGGAUCGGGAUUUGCAGCAGCAAGGAAAUUAAGUCAAGAAAGCCGACCUUUAAGUGCUCAAAGCCACAAGAGUCAAAGAUCCGCUUCAAAUAUCAGUGUUACUCGAUUGCGAACACCCAUUCCAUUAGAUGCGCCUCAAGCGCCACAGUUCCCCGAUAGCGCUAAGACCAAUCGUUCGUUUACACCGCCACUUCGUCGUAGCGCCCGGAAAAUUAGCGGGGAUCCAAGAUCACUCCGUCAACAAAGCAACAUUGAUCUCGCUAAGGAAAUUGAUCCAGCCUCCAUCAAUACCGCUACAUCGACAACCUUAACAAAUACUGCAAAUCCCACUGCAAAUGAGGGCCGAGCCAGGGCACAAGAUAUGGCCGAUGUCUACGAUGGCUAUGGUGAAGGCCAUAUGGGCUCACCACGAUCUCCCACUCGACCUCACAGUAUGCGACGACGACAAAGUAUGCAAGUCUUGGAACUCGAAUCAAAACUGGAUCAAUUAACUGCGGAAAAUCGCGCGCUCGCCGAAUCUAAAGCUCAUGCCGAACAUAUGCUCCGAUCAAGCCAAGGUGCGCCUGCGGCCUUGGUAGAAAGGGAUGCGCAAAUCGAUCUACUCAAACGAACACUGUCAUCGAUGCAAGAUGAGGUUAAAAGAUUGACUGAAGUGAAUGCGGGUCUUUCUAGUGCGGCUGUUACACUAGGUCAACAACAUAAUGCACGAUAUGGCACACUCGAAUCACAACAUGCACAAACUUCACGCGAACUCCAGCAGGCCCGCGAGGCUCAUCACAACCUACAAAGCGAAGUACAAGGCGUCAUACACAAUGCUAUACAAGAAAGGGACCAGGAAAUUGCAUCAUUGCGAUCUCAACUGGAUGUGGCCAAGGAACAAAUUCGGGCAAUGCAGAGGGAAAUUCUAGCUGCCAAAGCUGGUGACGCUCAAUUCCUGAUCAUCCGAGACGAGGACUAUUUCGAUAAUGCUUGUCAACAACUCUGCCAACAUGUCCAGCAAUGGGUACUUAGAUUCUCGAAGUUCUCUGACAUGAGAGCCUGUAGACUCACGAGCGAAAUCAAUAACGAUAAAACCAUUGAUCGACUCGAUAAUGCCAUUCUAGAUGGCUCAGAUGUGGAUAGUUAUCUUGCUGAUAGAGUGAGGAGACGAGAUGUAUUCAUGUCAAUGACAAUGACAAUGGUGUGGGAAUUUAUAUUCACUCGCUACUUAUUUGGCAUGGAUCGAGAACAAAGACAAAAGCUCAAGUCACUGGAGAAGGUAUUAUCUGAAGUUGGACCACCAUCGGCUGUUCAUCAAUGGCGCGCUACGACUUUGACCUUGUUAUCCAAACGAGAGUCAUUCGCCAGGCAGAAAGAACAAGAUACAUUGGCUGUGGUGCAUGCUGUUUUAGAGACCCUAACAGAGAUCUUACCUCCACCUAGUCACCUUGAAGGUCAAAUCGAGGAACAACUCAAACGUGUUAUAAAAGCUGCCGUUGAUCUCUCCAUAGAAAUGCGCACUCAACGCGCAGAAUACAUGAUGCUACCACCACUUCAACCCGAAUACGACGCCAAUGGCGAUCUCGCCAGUAAAGUCUCCUUCAACGCUGCACUCAUGAACGAACGCAGCGGAGAUACCAUUUCCAAUGAAGAACUCGAGGCACAAAGAGCUGUCGUCAGAGUUGUACUCUUUCCACUUGUGGUGAAGAAGGGUGAUGAUUUAGGACAAGGCGAUGAGGAAAUCGUGGUUUGUCCUGCUCAGGUUUUGGUUGCCAAACCCAGAAUGGGCAAGGGACCAGUGGGAAGGGUUUAUAGUCCGGCGAGUGGAGCGGACAUGGAUAGGAGAAGUGAUAGGAGCCGAACUCCUGCUAGUUUGCAGAGUAGUAUGCCUGAUACCAAUGUUAUUUGA